AAGAAGGGAAUGUUGGGGAGAAGUGUAGAGCAUGUGGUGUGUGCUGGCUGAAGGAGGAACAAGAAGCAGAGCCGGAGCUGUAUGCUGGAGAGAGCCACAGGACGCAGGGCGAAGAGAGCAGUGCUGCUGGAGAAAGCAGCGGAGUGUUGCCGGAGAGCAGGUGUUGAGAUGCCGCAGCUGGAGGACUGGACACCGCCAAGCUUGGUAAUAGGAGCGGACGCUGAGGUCAUCUUGGAAGAGAGAAUAAUCAUCAUGCUUGUUCCAAUAUUUACUUUGAAGUUGAAUCACAAAAUCAACCCUCGAAUGGUGGCAGUGGGGAAAUACGAUGGGACACACCCCUGUCUGACUGCAGCCACCCAGGCUGGAAAGGUUUUUAUACAUAAUCCCCAUGCUCGCGGCCAGCGUGCCUCUGUAAACCGCUUAGUGCAGAGCACUCAGGACACGGACAUCUCUCUAUUGAACAUUAACCAGAGUGUCAGCUGCCUCACUGCCGGAGUGCUGGAUCCCUCCCUCGGCUGCGACUCUCUCAUAGUGGGGACACAAACCAAUCUCCUGGCCUAUGACGUUCACAACAACUCUGAUCUCUUCUACAAAGAGAUUGUAGAUGGAGCCAAUGCUGUGGUUCUUGGGUCCUUAGGAGAUAUCAGUUCUCCCCUUGCGAUCGUUGGUGGAAACUGUGCCUUGCAAGGAUUCGACUGUAAAGGGAAUGACAUGUUUUGGACGGUCACAGGAGACAAUGUGCGCUCACUAGCAUUAUGUGAUUUUGAUGGAGAUGGGAAAAAAGAGCUCCUUGUUGGAUCUGAAGACUUUGACAUUAGAGUUUUUAAAGAAGAUGAGAUAGUUGCUGAAAUUACAGAGACGGAGACUAUCACAGCCAUGUGUCCCAUGCAUUCCAGCCGGUUUGGAUAUGCGCUGUCUAACGGCACAGUGGGGGUUUAUGAUCGGAUGUCACGGUACUGGAGAAUAAAGUCUAAAAACCUUGCGAUGAGCAUACAUGCCUUCGACCUGAACUCUGAUGGGGUUUGUGAGCUGAUCACUGGAUGGUCUAACGGAAAGGUUGAUGCGCGCAGUGAUCGUACGGGAGAGGUGAUCUUUAAGGACAAUUUCUCAUCAUCAAUAGCCGGAGUGGUAGAAGGAGAUUACCGUAUGGAUGGGAAAACGCAGCUCAUCUGUUGUUCUACAGAUGGAGAAGUCAGAGGCUAUCUUCCUUCUAAUCAGGAAACUGCAGGGAGUCUCAUGGACACCAGUGUGGAGCAGGAGCUUGUCCGAGAGCUCAGUCAGAAGAAGCAGAACUUGUUGCUAGAGCUGAAGAAUUACCAGGAAAAUGUAAAGCAGGCAGAGGCCCAAGUGAGCGAGCCUGAUGGGCAGAUGGGAGUGAUUCCAGCUAACACCCAGCUGCAGACAGCUUUGUCUGUCACCCUGGGCUCAGACAUUCAGUCUGCACAUGUGGAACUGAGCAUUUCAACAUCAAAUGAUACUAUUAUCCGUGCAGUGCUCAUCUUCGCUGAGGGAAUAUUUGAAGGUGAGAGCCAUGUUGUACACCCCAGUGUUCAACACCUCACUGGUCGGAUUCGAGUUCCCAUCUGCCCCCCUAAAGAUGUCCCUGUGGAUCUUCAUAUUAAGGCGUUUGUGGGUUACAAAAGCAGCGUACAGUUCCAUGUUUUUGAACUGACAAGGCAGCUUCCUCGCUUCUCCAUGUAUGUUCUUACCAAUGCUACCUCUGUACCAGAGCCUUCCAGCCGUGUGACCUUCACCAUCAGUGACCGCGUUCAGAGGGUUGUCCUUUGGCUGAACCAGAAUUUCCUGUUGCCGGAAGACACCGAGGUUCAGAGUGCUCCAUUUCAAAUUUGUUUUACUUCUCUUCGUGAUGCGGGAACCCUUCUCAUUAACAUGAAACCGAAUGGAGAGAUUACAAUACGCACAGACGACAUGGAUCUAGCUGGGGAUAUUAUUCAGUCAUUGGCCAUGUUUCUGGCUAUGGAAGACCUGCCUGUAGAAGCUGAUUUCCCUAAAUACUUUGAACAGCUCCGGAAGGUGCUAGUGCAGGUAGAUGACUCCCACUCAGUGCAUCAAAAGCUAACUGCAGACAUGGCUGAUCAGUCUAACCUGAUCCGCAGCAUGCUAGUGCAGGCCGAAGAUGCUCGCCUCAUGAGGGACAUAAAGAAUAUGAAGAAGCGCUAUGCAGACCUCUAUGACCUCAACAGAGACCUUAUAAACCGUUACAAGAUUCGCUGUAACAAUCACGCAGAACUCCUGAACAAUCUGAAAUGUGUUAAUCAAGCCAUCCAGAGAGCAGGGCGGUUGCGAGUUGGUAAACACAAAGUCCAGGUGAUCGCAGCGUGCAGGGAUGCCAUUCGUAGCAACAACAUCAAUGCCUUGUUUAGGAUCAUGCGUGUGGGCGCUACUCCUUCCUAGCGGAGCCACUCAGGAUCCACAGCAAUGUUUCUCCAGCUCACAUGUAAACCGCAACGCUCCUAAAAGCUCUUAAUUGUCACAUUUUCUCUGACGUCCUAAGUGGAUGCUGGGGACUCCGUCAGGACCAUGGGGGAUUAGCGGCUCCGCAGGAG